GGUAGUUGUUGGACAAGCCGAUCGAGUAGUUUAACUGCUCAAACUAAAACCCUCGGACUCGUCAAGACGCGCAGUCGAAGCUUCUUCUUCUUCUGUCUUCGGAAUCCAACACUGAGGUUUUCAGCUGAGACCAAUGAAGAGAGGCACUGGGACCACCCACGCGGUUGCGACAUGGAUACGACGACAGCCACCGAAGAUCAAGGCGUUUUUGGCGGUGGUGUCGGGAAUGGCCGCCUUGGCGCUCCUCCGUAUGAUCGUACACGACCACGACAACCUCUUCGUGGCUUCGGAGGCUGUCCACUCCCUCGGAAUCUCCGUCCUCAUCUACAAGCUCAUGAAGGAGAGGACCUGUGCCGGAAUUUCACUUAAGUCGCAGGAAUUGACGGCCCUGUUUCUAGCUGUUAGGCUCUACUGUAGUUUGGUCAUGGAAUAUGACAUUCAUACGAUACUGGAUUCGGCUACAUUGGUGACCACGCUUUGGGUUAUUUAUAUGAUUCGGUUUAAGCUCAGGUCUAGCUACAUGGAUGACAAGGACAACUUCGCAAUCUACUAUGUGGUGAUUCCGUGCGCUCUGCUUUCAUUAGCUGUACAUCCCUCUACACAUCAUUUUAUCGUAAAUCGAAUUGGCUGGGCAUUUUGUGUUUAUCUUGAAGCCGUAUCAGUUCUACCUCAGCUUCGACUCAUGCAAAACACUAAGAUUGUUGAACCAUUUACGGCGCAUUAUGUUUUUGCCCUGGGAGUUGCACGGUUCUUAAGUUGUGCACAUUGGGUCCUCCAGGUAUUGGAUACUCGAGGACAGUUACUGACAACCUUAGGUUAUGGGCUGUGGCCUUGUAUGGUUCUUCUCGCAGAAAUUGUCCAGACCUUCAUACUUGCAGAUUUUUGCUACUACUAUGUCAAAAGUGCUGUUGAUGGGCAACUUGUUUUACGCCUACCCUCUGGAGUUGUCUAAGUUCAAGCAGUCCAGCGUGCAAGAUCAAUCUGCAACGCUACUCAAACAUUUGUGGAAGUAGUCCCUAGCUACCUGCUCUUUUAAAUCCUUUUCUUGUGCGACUAUUAAGAGUGGUCGAAAGUCAGAGUGAACUGUAAAGCAAGGGAUGUUUUCUAUCUAGUCAGGUUUACAAUGUAGUUUAGCAUACACUUAAUGUUUAGAACAUUUCCUAGCAUAGACGUUUUGUGAUUUUGCAUUUGGUUUGGAAGUGUCAUCAGUGGAUGCUACUUUCCCUA